AGGCUGAGUGACACGAUCUGUGGAGCCUGACGGGAAAAGUGGGACGGAGCGACAGAAGCAGGGGCGCCGCCAGCGUCCCAGCAGGAGCGGUGGACUUCGAGCCUGACAGGAAAGGAAUUACCCUCUGUACAUCCGCAGCACUCCCACAGAGGAUGAGCUCAAGUUCCACUACAUGGUGCACACGUCCCUGGAUGUGGUAGAUGAGAAGAUCUCAGCCAUGGGGAAGGCACUGGUGGACCAGAGGGAGCUGUACCUGGGCCUGCUCUAUCCAACUGAGGACUACAAGGUAUAUGGUUACGUGACCAAUUCCAAGGUGAAAUUUGUCAUGGUGGUGGAUUCCUCCAAUACAGCCCUCCGAGACAACGAGAUCCGCAGUAUGUUCCGGAAGCUGCAUAACUCUUACACAGAUGUGAUGUGCAACCCCUUCUACAACCCCGGAGACCGCAUCCAGUCAAGGGCCUUUGAUAACAUGGUAACUUCGAUGAUGAUCCAGGUCUGCUGAGCUGGACCUCCGCCCCAGUCGUCAGGAAAAGAAGCCUGUGUUCACCCCGUCUGAUGAUUAUUUAUUCCCCUCCCCCUCCCUGACUGUAACCCACGGGCAGGACUGUGUGCCUUGUACCUUCCCACUAAAUGCCUCCCAUGAUGA